AUGGAGGAAGAUUCAAUCACUGUUUGGCUUGAUCAAACAUCCGAUUCUGCCAGUGCUGAAGUUUAUAGUGCAAACCAUCUCGCUUUAUGCAAGGCUGAUCCAAAUUUGACAACAUUCCGCGAUUCAGAGAAAUGUAUGGAUUAUAUUAUUCAGACAACAUGUGAGAACAAAAAAUUAAUUCUUCUGGUAGCAAGUGAAGAGCCAUUUCAGUCUCUUGAAACAUUUCUACGUUUGAGACAACAAUUUUCACACAUUGAUUCAGUCUAUGUUUUUCAUGAAAAUGAAACAGACUCAACUAAAGAUGUCGCAGCACCCCAUAGAAUCUACAGGAAUGUCGAAUCAUUGUGCAAUCACAUACGUGAACUGCCAGCUGUACGACGUCGUCGUCAAGAGAGAAUCUGGAAUGAUGAUUUCAUUAUCUCAUCAUUGAGUCGUGCAGCAGUUUCUGCCACUGAUGAGUUAUCGUCUACAGAAACGACUAAAAAUAUCAUCAGCCGACAGGAGGCAGACUUUAUGUAUUCCCAAUUUUUACGAGAUAUUCUGGUUAACCUAGAAUCAACAGAGGAAGAAAUGAUUCGAUUUUGUCGCGAGAAAUGUUCUGGCAACAGAGCUGAUUUGAAUGCUAUUGAUGAAUUUGAAGAGUAUUAUGAAGCAAGAAAUGCUAUCUUUUGGUAUACCCGUGAUACAUUUCUCUAUCGCCUUCUGAAUCGAUCAUUAAGAGAGCAGGAUAUUGACACACUCUAUGGUUUGCGCUAUUUUAUUAAAGAUCUCCAUCUACAAUUAAAACAAAGACAUGCAAAGCAACAGCAGAUAUCAACAACACAAGUGCUUCCUUCUACUACUAAUAAUAUAUCUCUAGAACAGCAAACUAUUGAAACAGUUUAUCGAGGACAGUUGAUGACAAACGAAGAAUUCGACAAGAAAAUAAGGCACAAUUCAGGUGGUUUUUUCUCGGUCAUUAGCUUUUUAUCAACAACAUCGCAUAAAAAUUUGGCCACUAUCUAUGCGGGAAAUAGUAGUACUGAUAGAGCUUCGACAGAACGAAGUAUUUUGUUUCAAAUCGACAUUGAUAAAACUGUCAAUAAAUUUCCCUAUGCAAAUAUAUCAUUAGAAAGUGCAUUCAAUGAAGAAGAAAAUGAAAUUUUAUUUACCAUGGGAGCCGUAUUUCGAAUAGAAUCAGUAGACAUUAAUGACGAUGGUAUUUGGAAUGUGAAAUUGAAGCUCACAAGUGAAGAAGAUACAGAGUUAAGUCAAUUAGCAGAGUACAUAAGUGAAGAUGCAUUGUCUACAAAUCCUCUUGGUAGCUUGGCAAGAUUGAUGAUGGAUAUGGGUAAAUAUGAUAAAGCCGAAAAAUAUCAUCUUAUGUUACUUGAAGAUCCGAGCAAUACUGAAGAUUUCAAAACAUUGGCUUCUAUUUACAAUAAUCUUGGAUACAUUUAUCAUAAUACGAAUCGACAAACGAAAGCAAUUGAAUACUAUGAAAAUGCACUUGAUAUCAAACUUAAAUAUUUACCCCCAAAUGAUUCAGCACUUGCGUCUACGUACAAUAAUCUAGCACAUGUCUAUCAUGAACAAAGCGAAUAUGAGAAAGCUCUUUCGUAUUAUCAUAAAGCACUUGUCAUCGAUCUAACUGCAAUUAAUCCAAAGCCAAACAAUAUUGCAAAUCGUUACGGAAAUAUUGGAUCUGUCUAUCUAGACCAGCAGCCUUAUUCAGAAGCACUGAAAAUGUUUGAGCAAUAUUUAGAGUUGAAAGAAGAACUUCUUCCAUCAAAUCAUCCAAACCUUGCGACUAUUUACAAUAAUAUUUCACAAGUAUAUUAUGCACUUAAAGAUUAUGAUUCAACGAACAAAUAUUUGAAUCAAACACUUCAAAUUCAAAUCGAUUCAUUACCAUCAAAUCACCCAGAUCUUGGAAGAACCUAUAACAAUUUAGGCCUAGCAUUUUACAAACAAGGAAAACUUAAAGAAGCACUGGAAAUGUAUGAAAAAGCUUUAAAAAUCGAUCGGCAAACUCUUCCUCUUCAUCAUUCAACAAUAUUAACAAUAUAUUAUCAUAUUUCACUGAUUUAUAAUUCGCUUUGCGACUACGAUACAGCAAUCGAAUAUUUAAAUCCAAUUCUUCAAAUUGAUACAGAUUCAAUAUCGGUAAAUCUUGUACAAUUAGCAGGAAUCUAUCAUAAUUUAGCUAAUGCAUACUUUUGCACAGGUCAACUCAAAGAUGCAUUAGAAACCAAUGAAAAGUCUCUUAGAAUACGGUUAAAAGUUCUACCAAACAAUCAUCCUGACUUGGCAGCAUCAUACAAUAAUAUUUCACAAGUUUAUGAUUCGCUCAAAGAUUAUAAAAAAGCAAUAGAAUAUCUCGAUCGAACACUUCAAGUUCAAAUAAAUUCACAGCCAACAGACUAUCCAGUUUUGGCAUCAACUUAUAAUAAUUUAGCUUCAGCAUUAUAUGAACAAUGUGAACUUGAUGAAGCAUUGAAAUUGUUUAAAAAGUCCCUUGAAAUUCGCUUAAAAGUUUUACCGACCAAUCAUCCGGACAUCGUGAUAUCUUACAAUAACAUUUCACACGUUUACAAUUCACUAGGUCUUCAUGAAGAAUCAAUCGUUCAUAUAAACAAAUCGCUUCAAAUACAGAAAAAUAUGCUGCCGCCAGAUCAUAUUGAUUUUGCACGAACCUAUAAUCAAUUAGGUUUGGUAUAA